AUGGCAUCUAGUCCAUACACUUCAGUGCGAUCGAUGAUCCAGUGUGCGCACGAUAACCAGAGUUUAGUCGCAGAUCCAACACGUGCCCGAGCGGCAAUUGAGACGAUUGAGAAGGCCUUUUAUGUGGAUCACCUUCUCACUAGCUGCAACAGUGCCGUCGAAGCAGUACGACUGGCAGGCGACGUCAAUAAGAUCCUCUUGGCUGGACAUUUUGCACUCCGCAAAUGGAACUCGAAUAGCAUACAGGUAAUAGCUCGUCAUGACUGCCCAACGGCAACAGUACUUGGUCUACGUUGGGACCCAACAGCUGAUGAGCUCUUCUUUCGCGUGGAACUAGAAGUGCCACGCCCUCCUGCAACAAAGAGGCGUGUACUGAGUGAAGUGGCUCAGGUGUUUGACCCCACCGGUCUUCGUGCUCCUGUGGUAAUCGUCGGAAAGGUGUUCAUCCAGACACUCUGGUCCGCAGGCAUCACUUGGGAUGCCCCCCUCACUGAUGAGUUGCAGCAUACUUGGCAGACAUUCCGGGAAGACUUGGUCUACCUCAAUCAGGUUCGGGUCCCACGCUGGCUAGGCAUGCACAAUCAGUACCCCACCACAAUUUAUGGUUUCUGUGGUGCCAGCUCCCGAGCCUAUGCAGCAGUGGUCUACCUAACAACAACCUACCCAGAUGAACGAGUGCAGAUCUCCCUGGUGACUGCCCGUAUGAAGGUAGCCCCCAUCAAGGGAGCCACUAUACCUCGUUUAGAACUUUGCGCCGCCCACCUAUUGGCCAUCACCCUGAUGAACAUCCGUACAGCUCUUGGACUAGUUACAGCACCAUACUACUUAUGGUACGCUCCGCUCAGAACCCUGCUGACUGCGCGAGUCGAGGUAUUGGUGCCUCAGAGCUCGUCAACCACAACCUAUGGUGGCAAGGCCCAGACUGCGCUCCCUCUUGGCCCAGCCGGGCAACCUGAUGAUAAAGACCUGGUUACUAUCGCAGCUGAAGUCAAACCAUCGGUUGUUACCAGUGUCACCACGCAACCCGCAUCACACCCAUUGACUACUCGAUGCAGAGACGGUCAUCCCCUUGGUGGAACGAUAUAG